AUGAGCAGUCUCGUUGAGGAAGCAGUCAAGAAGCUGACCAGCACGGUCGAGAGCCUCGAGUCCAGAAUUAAGUCUCUGGAGGACCGCGCCGCCGGCGGUUCUGGCAAGCCUACCACCGAGGAGGUUCGCAUGAUCCUCAUCGGCCCCCCCGGUGCCGGCAAGGGCACCCAAGCUCCCAAGAUCAAGGAGAAGUUCAACUGCUGCCACUUGGCUACUGGCGACAUGCUGCGAUCCCAGGUCGCCAAGAAGACUCCGCUCGGCCGGGAAGCCAAGAAGAUCAUGGACCAAGGUGGUCUUGUCAGCGAUGACAUUGUCAUUGGCAUGAUCAAGGAGGAGUUGGAGAACAACAAGGAGUGCAAGGGAGGGUAUGGCGCUUUUCUCUGCCGUGUCGGAGCCGGACGGACGACCGGAAGGCUUCCGGACACCACGACCUUCAUCCUUGACGGUUUCCCCCGCACCGUCCCCCAGGCCGAGGGCCUCGACGCUAUGCUCAAGGCGCGCGACCAGAAGCUCCAGCACGCUGUUGAGCUGCAGAUCGACGACUCUCUGCUCGUCGCCCGCAUCACUGGCCGCCUGGUCCACCCCGCUAGCGGCCGCAGCUACCACAGCACCUUCAACCCUCCCAAGGAGUACAUGAAGGAUGACGUUACCGGCGAGCCCCUCAUCCAGCGCAGCGACGACAACGCCGAGGCCCUGAAGAAGCGUCUGUCCACCUACCACUCCCAGACCGCCCCGGUCGUCGGUUACUACAAGCAGACCGGUAUCUGGAAGGGCAUCGACGCCUCGCAAGAGCCCGGCCAGGUCUGGAAGAACAUGCUCGAAAUCUUCGACUCCCAGCGCAAGGGUGGCCACGCCUCCGGUAUUCUCAGCCGCAUUGCUGGCAAGAACUAG